GUUUCCGAUUCUCUUCCGAUCAGGAUACAAGGAGCAGUCUCUGGUUUGCACUUCAUCUGUCGCACUAUGACAGAUUGACAGCCAUCGAUCACUGAAAGAUUACUAGGCUAAGCACUGACUUGCAUCUGAUCCUGCAGUAAUGGCCGCUCAUGCUGGUCCUUCUGUCUCUGUGCGCGCCUCAGACGCGUUGCCACAGCUCAACGAAGUGCAGGAAUAUGAAAAGAUCCUGAGAAUAAGUGACGAGAUCUUCUCAGGCACUCACCCCAGAUUAAAGGUUCCCCAGCAGUUUGUUCGCAAAGUGAACCCCCGCAACCCACAGACUCCCCCAGUUACGCAGCCACAGGUAACCGCGGUAGAGCCAUCAACAACAGCUCAGUCCAAAGCAGAGCUCCCCUUUCCACCCAGUUCACGUCCUGCAAACAUACAGGCCACGACACCGUUGAAUGGCUCCGCUGCUGCUUCUUCGACAGCGACCCCAUCACGUAUUGUUCCAAAGCCUGCUUCUGAAAUUGAUCCUAUCUUUCUGACCAAGUCUGAUGAUCUGGUGAGAGCGGAAAUGCAGCUGCAGCGACAGAGGGUGGAAAGGGUUCUACGUGAGCAACUGGAGCAGAGAAGAGUCGAGGCAAGACAGAAGGCUUCUGUCCAAGAGGGAAAGCCCGAUUUUGACGUCUCAGACGUAUUGAGCAAAGCUCUUGAGAUUGUUAAGCCAGUUGCUGCACCAGCUGAUGUCCAUGGGACUAAUGGCCAGACCGCACCAAGCGAUUCCUAUGACGACAAUUCCUUCUACUCUAGUAGAGCUCCUGAUUCUCCCCAGCAUGGCGAGCCGUCGCAGCCGUCACCUGUAUCGGAGCCACGAAGCCGUCGCGUCGGCAGGGAAGAGCUGGCUGCUAACGCUCAGAUAGACAAUCGGUCAGAUGAAUCACGACGGUUUGAGAUUACUAGCCCUCGUGACGUGGAGAUGAUUCCGCAAGCCAAUCCUUACACCGUUGCUGACAAGCAUUUUCCCCCUCAAAGGCAGCCAGAUAAUGCUCCAUUGCGCGCCGUCUCCGACGAGUAUGAUCCCGCUCGAGAACCGAUUGAUAUUCCCGAAGAACCCGAGUAUUCACCUCCUGGUCCCGAUGUACCUCUGGUAGAGAGGGUCGACAGCCGUGAGUAUUACAGGCCGGAGCCAUACGCCAGACGGCAGGUGUCCAAUCGAGGCUACCAUGGUCGUCAGUCGCCAUCUCCUACGAACGGGGUGAGAAUCGUCAGAAAUCAUAUAAUGUCGCCCGCAGCUCCACAACCAUCGCGGGUAUCUCCUCUGGCCAUGGCUAAGAUGCCUAUUCAGCAGGCGAGGGCGCCUCGUCAGGAUCAUUUGGAGCGCGUUCCAACAGGCCACGAUUCAGCACGUACUAGUCCGGACGGCGGUGCUCAGCAAUUGAUGCCUCGUAAACGUAGGCGUGUGCAGGAACCAAGAGAACAGGUGCGGUCAGCUGCGUCACGAAGACCAGCUGAUGUGUCCCCGGUGCCAUACAUCAAAGAAGAGCCGGUAUCCCCUCCUCCCUUUGCCGAUGUACGUCCUGCAUAUAGCAGAGCUCGUCAGCCGCAGGAGCAAGUUUAUGUUGAUCUCGCAUCUCCCCGAUAUACCCCGACCCUGGAUCGACGAGAGGUGUCUGCAAGGGAGCCUGUCUACGAAGUCGACCGGUACAGACGCGCUUACGAGCAAGAUGCCCACAUUGAACCGAGCAUCGCGCGUACCGUCUCCAGAUUGGGUUCUAGAAGACCAAUGCGCGAUGACCAAGAUCUGCGAAGAGUAGCAAGCUUGCACCAUGUCCGCCAACCCGAGCUCUCUCGCGACUAUGUGGAGCCAGCCAACCCUCGUUCGAUGCGUGCUGCAUCUUAUGCCGUUGUUGAGCGUCCUCUUCAGGAGAGAGUCCGGUAUUACGAUGAGCCUGUCCAAGGCUACGGCAGGCACUAUAUUCCGGCCGAUGAACUACCGCCUUCUCCACGAUUCCGCGAAGUGUACCCUGAUGAAGAACCGCGAAUUAUAGCGCCUCCCCAGCGGCGGAUUGUGGUAGACGAAUACGGUAACCAGUACUAUGAGACUUUACCUGCGCCUAAAGUUAAGGAAAUGCCGCCCCCACCUCAUCCAGGCAGAAUAGCUAGGGCCGAUGCCUAUAACGAGCAAGUUCCCGCACGCCGUUCGAGUGUGCGGGCUACUUCAAUUAUCGAUGAUCCCUAUGGUGAUCGGAGAUAUAUUCAGGAGAUGCAUCCGCCUGCCACCUAUCGCAGGGUCGCCGACUAUCCUCGCGAGGUGGUAGGUGACCGUCGGGCGUAUGCUCCUCAGCUCGAAGAGAGGGAGCCUGUCUUCCGCAGCGGCAGUGUGCAAGUCGUUGACUACCCUCCGCGGAGGACGGCCUACCUUAACGAACGGGAGAUACCCGGUGAGAGAAUAGUAAGAAUGUCUAGCGUGCGGCCACCACCGACUCGUUACGAGGAUCCGCGGGAUGGUAUACCGCGCGUCCAGAGCGUCCGUCCGGUAGGCCGCGAUGUCAGCGUCUACGUAGACGAAGAACCCCGGAAGGCCAGGGAAUAUGCGCAGGCACCUAUCUACACUACCAUGCGCCCUAUGAGAGAAGAGCGGUACUACGACGAUGAUGAGUCGGGCCGUAUGAUUCAUGAUGGGACCCGCGAUGUCAUCCACCAUAGAGGUCCCGAGCGCUAUUGAGGCGAAGCAUCGCCACUUAAUUAUCUUACUCGGGAUGUAUGAUUAUCAUUUGUACAGUACCUUUUACUUUGUUGAAAAUGGCUUGAGCACAUCAGGGCGCAUUUCCAUACUCCAUAAUUGAUGAAUAUGUGCGGGACAGAAUACUGUUAUGUCAAAAACGAGUUACGACUAUCAUACCUUGGCUUGAAUAUAGGAUCUCCUUCUAUAAGAACCCAAAC